AGUAGACACUCGAGAGUCUUCAAGCCCAAUAACAAAAUAGACUGGAUGCAAAUGAUGUAGUUGGGUACUAAAUGAAAAGAGUAUGUUUUAAAAGCACCGAGGCGCAUUUCGUUUGCAAAACUCGUAUACAUCAGGAUUUUGGAGCAAACAUGGCGGCCACGGCGGAAACUGGCGACGGACACCGACUGCUGGCCACCAAUCAAGUGUCCUCCGUCCAAGUCGCUGGCGCGGUAAUAUUGUGCACGUUGUGACGGCUUUAUAAAUGUCCUAUAACGUCGCUAAGUGAAGACAUUGCAUAUCUAACAAAUACAAAAGUUAUUGGUUUAGCAAAGGGGUCAGAUAUUUUGUCGCGCGGAGAUACUGACACGUUAAAGGCGAGCUAACCCGUAGCGAGCUAACCGGACAGGCAGAGAGUUGUGCAGACUUGUAAGCAAGCUAGUGUUAGCUUAGCAAAUGGUGAGCUGGUUCUUCUCUUGUUUACAGGUCAUGUAAUUAGUCUACAUAUCAUCCCGACAUGGCUGAAUCCAAGGAAGCGUACCGGACGGAGGUAAAAGAGGGGACAGACGGAGAGUCCAUGGAAGCUGUUUCAGAGCAGGGAUCGUCGGUGGAUGUUGGAGACCUGGAGCAUGUUUGCAAAGCUUCUCCUAGACUCUCUGAACAUGUAGAGGAGGAUAAACCUGUUGCUGUUGAAAAAGCAGUGGAAAGUAAAGACACUGAACAUAAAGAAGCUGAAGAAGAAGAAGAGACAGUCAGAACAGUUUUGGUCCACGGUGGUGAUCCAGGGAGCACCUCAGAAACUGAAAGAGAAGAGAGAGUUGAGGUGAAAACCGAGGAGGAGUAUGAGUCAAAUGAAGAAAAUGUGUCAGUAAAAGAUGAACACUUAGAGGACGGUCCUGCAGGACUUGAUUCCAGCGAGGACACAAAUAUGCAAAAGACUUCUGAGGAGCUAACAAACACGGACAUGGACACUAAGGAGUGCGUCGACACACUGCAGGAUAAGGAGGCCGCUGCCGCUAAAUUGAGGGUUUCCACAGUGGACCAUCUCGAUGAGAUAAUGGACAUCGGCACGGUGGAUCAGGUGGAGCAGGAAGCCCAGAUGAAUGAGGAGCAACAGAAUAGUGAGAUGGACAUGGACUACAGCAGCUCACCUUCAGUUUUAUACACAGCCUCAGCGACGAGGGAGAGUAACUCUGUCGAGGAGGAAGAGGAUGUGAAACCCAUUGUAUUGCCACCACCUGCUGAGGAGGAGCAAGCGGAGGACGUGAAGGUGGCUCUAGACUUGGUGCGGUCCAGCUCGUCUCCGUCCUCUGAAGCCACGGCCAGCACAAGAAGGGACAGCUCAUCACCAGCGACCAUGAUGAACGGGAUGAAAGUAGUUAAGCUGUCAAUACCAAGAUUAGACACUGUUAGUGAAAGCGUACUCGCUGCUGCUCGACCAGUCAAGUCGUCUCCUUCGCCGCCCUUGGUCAAGGUGAAAGAUGAGCCAAUAGACGAAGAGUACGAGCAAGCUCUUAUAUCUUGUGCGUCUACAGCGAGCGUGAAAGAUGAGCCCAACACUGCAAAGGAGGACUUGAGGAUCGGAUCGGUCUUCUCUGUGACCCCGGCCGCCGAAACGCAGCCGCUGCCCGUCGUCAAGCCAUCGGCGCCACACAUGUCCUGUUCCCACUGCAAAAAGAGCCUGAUGAAAGGUCAGACGGCGUUCCAGAGGAAAGGCUCGCCGGCACUUUUCUGCUCCACCACCUGUCUCACCACGUCUCUCCCCACGGUCAAAGGAGUCCCCAAGAUCUGCCACAACUGUCAAAAGUUUAUAAUUCGGCCUCAGGACGUCAUUCUGGCUCCAGAUGCUAAAGGCACCAUGAAGGAAUUCUGCAGCCAGAACUGCCUGACCUCCUUCAACUACAAGAAAAACGUCAGAAUGUCUGCCACCAGAACAACACCGCAACCAAUAGCGCCACAGUCGCUCUGCAGCAUGUGCACAAGAUACUGCAUUAGUAAACACGAGGUGAUCCUGAGCGGCGCCGUCCACAAAAUCUGUAGUGACGCCUGCUUCAACCGCUUCCGCACAGUGAACAACCUGGCCAUGGCCGGCUGUGCCAACUGCGGCUCCUACUGCCACAGCAAGCCGCUCAUGCUGAAGAUGGAAGACUGCAACAAAACUCUGUGCAAUGCAGAGUGUCUGGCCAAGUACAAAGAGAAUACGAAGAUAACCAAGCCCUGUACGAUGUGUCGCACCACCCGGUUGCUGGUAGAAAUGGUUGACAACAAAAACAGUGAUGACUCUGUGAACCUCUUCUGUAGCAGCAGCUGUGUGAUGGCAUUCAAGGUCCAGACUGUCAGUGCAUCAGGUACAGGUGCUCGGUUGAAUUGUGAUAGUUGUGGGAAAAAAACCAUACCAGCCUACCACCUGGCCAUGUCUGAUACAACCAUCCGGAACUUCUGCACUCUACCUUGUGUCAUGGCUUUUCAGGAAAAGUUCAAGAAGUCCCAGAAACAGGUGAACGUUUUUACCAAGCUGCCAAUCGGCUCCACCCAAAUCCAGACCAUCACUCCCAACCAAACCCUGCAGGACGUCCCCAAAGGACCACUCAGACUGAACUGCUCCCAGUGUGACCGCAACAUAGCUUUUAAACCAGAACUCCUCCAGAUCAAGGACAAGUUAGUUUUCUUCUGCGGCGAGGACUGUGCUCACGAGUUCAAGAAGGACAACUUUGUGACGAGCCUGUGUGAAUACUGCAAGAUCGAAAAGAUCACGAGAGAUGCCAAAAGGAUUAACAACAGAGACUGCUUCUUCUGCAGCGACGGCUGUAAGCUCCUCUACAGACAUGACUUGACUAAAAACUGGGGGAAACACUGCCACUCCUGCGUUUACUGCCACAGCAUGUCCAAGAAGCUGGUGACGGCCCAGUACGGAGGCUCGACAGAGGAGUUCUGCGCCGAGGAGUGCAGGUCCAAAUACACCAUGCUCUUCUGCCACGUGGCAAAGUGUGACACCUGCGGUCACAAAGGAAAACUGAAGCAGAGUCUUCCCAUGCUGGGAGAAGUCAAACACUUCUGUGAUCUGAGCUGUUUGCUGCAGUUCUGCUGUGACACAGUGGCCACGCAAGGCGAGGUCAUCUUAGGUACAGUGGAGGCCACGCCUGUCAUCGCCAACGUCAUCUCGCUUGCUGGCCCUCCGACAGGAAAAUCAAACUCUUCUGACAGAGCCUCGAGGCAACAACACACAAAUGCAGGAACAGUCUUUCAAUCAAAGAACUCUGGACAUAUCAGUAUUCAGACAGAUGUGGUGAAAGUCCAUCCUCCGUCUGUCCCUAAAAUUCUGAAGAACAAGGCCGUGCUCUGCAGACCGCUAGUGCAGAACAAAGGGGUCUCCUGUAAAACACAAACCGUGGAUGUCGAAGCACAGACAGACGACGUCUACCCUAAAAUCAUGGUUGUUCCUGUCCCAGUGCCGGUUUAUGUCCCUGUACCCAUGAACAUGUACAGUCAGUUUACUCCCAAAGCUCUAGGCCUGCCAUUACCGGUGCCCGUGCCCAUGUUCCUUCCUGUGACCAUGGACAGUGCUGAGCGCAUCAUGGAAACCAUCCAGGAGAUCAAGCAAAAGAUUCCGUCGGACCCCUUCGAGGCAGAACUCAUCCUCAUGGCCGAGAUGGUUGCAGAACAGAAUGAGAAAAAUGACAAAGAGGAGGGACCAAAGGAGAAACUGGUGGAGAAAGAGAGAGAGAAACAAGAAGCAGCUGCUCCGGAUGACCACGCCAGUAACUUCAGUGACGACUUGGACACGGACGACUUGGCCAAUUUCCUCAACAACUGGGAGGACGGCUCCUCUGAAGCAGGUCUCCGGUAUCCAGGCCGACCCUCCGGUCAGGAAAAGCUCAACACGAUCCUGGACGUUUCCCUGGGCGCGACCAAUGAGCCUUACUCCGAACCCCCGCCUCCAGCUCCGCCUCCCAUGGACGUCGAAGCUGACUUUGCUGUUGAAACCCUGGAGAGGAUGGCCCGGUUGAGAGAGCAGACCCGCCGAUCCCUGAGCCCUCCGCCUGCAGCUUCACGACGACGACAAGCUCACAGGAAAGCACGAGAAAAGAGGGGUCGUAAGUCACAGCGGACAUCUAAGGCAGCUGAAGCGUCUACUCAAAGAGGCGCCACCAACAAGGUCAUGGCUGUAGACGUCCCAACACUGAAGAGUCAAUACGGAGUUGACGCCUGGAAGCGAUGGAUCCAGUGGAGGCAAACUCAACCCAACCUCGAGAAGCCACGCUUCAGUUCUCGGCCCAUGGAGCUGAAGGAGGAUGUUCUUCGCUGCACCACUGCAGAGCUCAGCUAUGGCCUCUGCUGCUUCAUCACUGAGGUGAAACGACCCAACGGAGAGCUGUACUCCCCUGACAGCCUGUUCUACCUCUGCCUCGGAAUCCAGCAGUACCUGUUUGAGAACGGUCGCGUGGAGAACAUAUUCAUGGAUCGGUUCUACAACAAGUUCUCCACUGAGUUCAAUAAUAUGCUAAGAGAUUUCAAACCCUCAAUCACAGCAAGUGGUUAUAUCCACUCCCGUGUGGAGGAGGGGUUUCUGUGGGACUGCAAACAGCUUGGGGCGUACUCCCCCAUCGUCCUCCUCAACACUUUGCUCUUCUUCUGCUGCAAGUACUUUGGCUUCACCACGGUGGAGCAGCACCGCCAGCUGUCCUUCGCCCACGUCAUGCGCUGCACCAAAACCAACCCAAACAACACCAAGACCACCUUCCUGCGGUUCUACCCGCCAAUAUCCAUAAACGAAGCAGAGACAGAUCCAGAGGUUCCUGUGAAGAAGCGUAAGGAGGAGGAGAGUAAAGAGGAUAUUCUAGAGAUGAUGGAGAACACAGAGAACCCUCUCCGCUGUCCAGUCAGACUCUACGAGUUCUACCUCUCCAAGUGCUCGGAGUCGGUCAAGCAGCGCACCAACCUGUUCUACCUUCAUCCCGAGCGCUGCUGCGUCCCCAACAGCCCCCUGUGGUUCUCCUUCACCCCUCUGGACGACAGCACCAUGGAGGGCAUGCUCAUCCGCAUCCUCACCGUCAGAGAACUGCAUCUCGGGAAGAGGAAAGCUGAAGGAACGGAGCAAAAGACCUCAGAGGAUCCACUGUUUAUACCCGGCGAGGAGGAUGAUGGGGAUUCAGAGUGAUAAAGAGCAGAAGUGACCUUUUUAUUGGUGUAGCAGCUUGUGGUGUAAAUGUUUGUAGAUAAACGGAAAUGUUCAUUUAAACAUGGCCCAAUUAAUGAAAAUGGACGGAAUAAUUAUCUCACAUGCAUAACUACAAUGUGCAGAAGUGCAAAGAAAGUCAUACAACAUUCAGACUGUUGACUAACUGCUCAUCAGGACACAUAGCUGUCCUUCUGUGUUUUGUCUGGUGAAUGGUUGCUUCUCAUGGAUAAUGCUACUUGUUUCCUUCCAGGUUAUGAUUUCUUCAAUUCUAUGUGCAAAUUGGAUUUAAGUUGUUUUUUUUUGUCCUUGCUUAAAAGCACUACAAUGAAAAACAUUUCUGACUGCUGUUGGUGUCAGUGAAGAAACGACCAGAAGACAAACUGAAAACAGCUUCCUGUGAAGUAGAUGUAAAUCGUCAACCAUCAGUGACAAACCUGCAGUAUAGUUCGAUUUUCAGCAAUGCAUCAAUACCAUGAUUUUGUGUCAGUCACAGAUCACAUGCUAAUUUUUUUGCUCAAAUCAUUCUCAAAUAUUUAGAAAAGCACUUCAUAACAAAAGUUCUCCAACUCCAACUUGCCUUGGUAACUUGUACAAGAAUGGAAUUUACAUAAAAUAUUUGAUUUAUCAGAUAAUCAGACUUCAGAUCUGGUCACUUGAUUGAGAGAUUACAGAGUAAUUUAUGACUUGUUUUCAACGUUAAAUGAAAGAAUCAAACAGUUUUCUUUACUUCCUUUUGCCUCAUUAAUAGAAAGGGACAGAUUGUGAGUGUCCGAAUGAUUGGAUUAAAACAUGUUUGGAAUUGCUUUGAAUACAUUUAAGUAUAUAUGGCAUAAUAAUUUCACAGUUUAAAAAGGCUGGCAACUUAUUUGGCAUUUGGAAUAAAUAUUGGAAGCAGUUUUGUUAAACACGCUGAAAUGAACAGAAGAAUUUGGAUUGUGUUACAUUCAUUUUGGACAUGCUGUUUCAUCCAAGCAUCAUCUGAGACAUUUUCUUUUUGCAUAACCAUGACCCUGGUGUAUAAAAACUACGUAGUCUACAGACCCUUCAUGUAUAUCUUGGUUAUAUUAACUCCCAGUCCUUAGUAUGGCUGCCAAUGUUCUGAGUAUUUUCUAUUGUAUGUUGUUUUUGAAUAAAAACAUUUAAAACGUAAUUGUUU